AUGGGAUGGUGGAGGGAUGCUAGAAAACUGUCAAGGAACAGAGGGCUGGAGAACAUCUACCAGCUGACACGUAACAACAAGUACAUGCUGAGAGUGGAUCUGGAGGACUUUGGAGGAAAUAAAGUGUUCGCUCUGUACUCGUCCUUCUCUGUGGGUCCUGAAGCUGACGAGUAUAAACUAAAAGUUUCUGGAUUCACUGAUGGAGGAGCAGGCGACUCUUUAUCUGGCCAUAAUGGAUACAAGUUCUCCACCUUCGACAAAGACCAAGAUGUCUAUGAAAAUAACUGUGCCAAACUGUAUCUCGGGGGAUUUUGGUACUCAGCCUGUCACAAUACAAACCCCAACGGUAUAUAUUUAUGGGGAGAAGAUGGCACCCAUUACGCCAUUGGAAAUGUUUGGUCAUCAUGGAAGGGUUACGCUGUCGGAAUGAAAUCCAUCAGCAUGAAGAUCAAACGUGUGCCUUAGAAACAUUACAGUUCUUCUCGGAAAUAAACAACAAAACAAUCAAUUUAAUGUUGAAUUGUUUCCUGUUUUCUAAUAACUGUG